AUGUCAAAUAUAGAAAAACUUAGUUUAUAUCUUACAAUUUAUAUUACUGAUAAGUUUAUUGAUGGAAAUGAUUUACAAAAAAAUAUUAUCGACCGUUUACCACAAUUGAAUCUAUUUACAUUUGAUAUUCGUUCAGUCAUGUAUAAAAAUGAUCAAAUGAAUUUACCAUCUAAAAAAGACAUUGAGGAGACAUUUAGAGAUUUUCAAUAUACGAAUAUAAUAUCUUAUGUUGAUUAUUUUCUAGAACAAAAAAAGAGUCAAUGCCAUGUUUUUUCAUAUCCAUCUGAAAUGCCAUAUUAUGUAGGGAUAACAAAUAAUUUUCCAGGUGGAUUAUACCAAUAUGUUCGUUUUAUAUCAUUAUAUGAUGAAUAUUCUUUUGAACAUGAAUUUUUUAUUAAAAUUUCUCAAUCAUUUCCAUUUAUGGAAAAAUUAUCUUUAAUUAAUUAUCAAUCACAAAAACAUACACAAUCUUAUAAAUCAAUAAAUGAUAAUUAUGAUUCAACAAUUGUUAAAUAUAAUUAUCUUGUUACACUUGAUAUUGGAGAAGUUCAUGAUGAUUAUAUAGAAGAAUUUUUAUUCAAUACAGAAACAUAUUUUCAUAAUAAUAUUCGGAUUUAUAUCAAGUAUAAAUCAUUAGAAAGAGUAACACAUAAUUUUACAAGAGAUGUUUUACGAAUUAAUUGUGCUAAAAUAAGUGAAAUCUUUUUCUAUGGAGAAAAAAUUUAUUCUAAAUCUUUACGAGAUUAUUUUCCUUGUGCAAUAAUACAUUAA